GAUGGAAGUGCACCUGUCGCAAGAGGAUUCUGUGAUUCUACUGCAAUGAAUGGGUGGUUGGAAUGACUGCGCCUCGCCCCAGAUAUGAGUAUGGACGUCGACUUGUCUGAGACGCCUCCUGCGACGCGAUCAUCCAACUUGACGGCGUCCGAUCGCAUUGCGGAGCUGAAUGAGAUCGAUCAUUCUAUCGCUACUUUACUCUCUGCCGCUUCUGAUGCCAUCGGUAUCCUGUCAAACCAAUCUGUCUCACAAACGCAAGGGCAAUCCCUUAAAAGCCCCCCGGCGGCUCGUGAUGCAUUUGCUAAGGCCACCGAGACCUAUUUCUCCACAUUAUCUUCGAUCGAAGUUCGAUUGCGCCGACAAGUCUACGCCUUAGAAGAGGCCAAUCUUAUCAAACCUGGAGAUGAGCGCGACACUAGAAGAGGACGAGCUUUGGGCGGCGACAGCGGCAUCUCAAGAGUUGGUGGUGGUCCUCUGGACCCUAGCUGGCUGAAUGCUCGAGCAAGUGAUAAGGUAGGGGCUGGUAUGAAGCGUGAGCUUUUGGCGCGAGCGCGAGCAUUCGUUGAACGUGAAGAACAUGGCGCGCCGCCCGGACAUCUGGAGACUCGAGGGGUUGAACCGGACAAGGGAUAUACAAACGAUGAUGACGAAGAUAUGGGUUGAAGCAUGUCAUUCUACGACUGAUGGCUAUCACGCUGUGAUCGAACGUGGUACACAACAACCGCUCAUGGCUAGAAAAGCGAUGCUCGACGGUGUCACGAGCUCCAGGAGGAGGCAGCCCAUCACUGCGAAGGGAAGAUGAUGUCUAACGACA